AUGACUAGCAAUCCAUACUUCAAUACUGUCACCUCAAAAUCAUCCUUCAGGACUCGUUUUCUCGCCGAAAAUAGGAAGCUUUUCUCUCAACUUCGUGAUGUCGGGGCCAGUGAUUGGGGACGUGAUCACUUGUUUGCUUGUCGUGUGAUUCGGCGGCAUGCUCAACACAGUGUUCUCCCAACUCUGUCGCCACAUCAUCUUCCCUCAGACCUGAACUCAUCCCCUGAGAUCGUCAAAUUUCUGAAUGGCCCAGAUAUUGUCCAUAUGGCCCUAAGUGAACACCGUCUCGUGCGUGACCCUACUUGUGGUGUCUCUCUUGGUCAAAUUUGGGGGGCAAUGGCAAUGUUCAAAGGCAGCGAGAAGCGACGGGGAAGGGACGCCUCGAGAGUUAUUCCAGGGGAAAGUGACGGUGAAGCUGAGCCACCUCCAAAGCGUCCCCGACUGCGCACCGAGCGCAUUGCGCCGAUAUGCUAUGUCGACUCGGGGGAAAUGAAAGUUGGAUCUAGCAGCCCAGAAGCCGAUAGCUCCGAGUCCCAGGGGACAUCUUCGGUGGAGUUCAUUGACGCCGAAUCCCACAAACUUCUAGCAUCCCCGGAGGAUGAAACCUUACGACUUAUAUCUUGUGUUAUUCGGCAUAUAUUAUAUUUUGCAUCGCCACAAGAUUCCGCGGAUUUACCCGUCGUUGUCGAGUUCCGAGACGCCAAAACAAGACUUUCUGCCCGCACUCCUAACUUGAAGCGAAAAAUUAUAGCCAUCGACGACGGAGGCCUGUGUUUACGACAAGAAUCGAAUGGUACAUUUCAAGUUUCUAACAGCCGUGUGGCUGUUUUGGAAGCCAAAAGGCAAUUCCAGUGCCUAGAAAAUGGCCAGCCGAUCAUUUCGGACGAUUGCUUUGCACAAAUGACUUGCGAGGCUUUGGUUGCCAAAUUGGCUGGUAUGUCUGAGAGGUCAAAAUCCAACAGAGUACUGGUUAUACAUGCUACACAGCACUAUAUAUGCUUCCUUGAUUUUGAGAUCAGCGACGAAUAUGUCCAGGAUUUUGAAUCACAUGCGCCUUCUUCUUUCCUGUAUGUUGAUUCAACGCCGUGGUUUGAUCUCAGCUCUAGAAGUGGCAGAGAGCAGGUGGUCAAGAACCUAUGUGGUAUCAUGCGUCGGGCCGUGGACUAA